ACAAUCAUGGCGGACCAUGUUGACGAGUUCACUCUUGAAUCCGUCAGGGAUUUUAUGAUAUCUCGGGGUGGAAGAGUGACGAAUCAUGAAUUAGUGAAACAAUUCAAGGUUUAUCUGACAAAUCCUUCGUGCAAAGAAAUUGCUAGGAACAAGUUCAAGCAGUAUGUCAACACACUCGCAAACAUCAGCCAGGAAGGCGGAGAGAAAUAUCUGGUCCUCAAGAGAAAAUUCCGAGUGGGAACGCCUCUCUCCGAGUCCGAGUACCUGAGUCCCAACAGCUCACCCUUGGCGCCUCGCUUCGCCAGCCCGGGGAGCCAGUACAGCAUCUACGGGACGCCGCCGCACCCCGCCGGCGCCUUCAGUCCUCAGGCCUUCAGCCCCUCCACGCCCCCGCCGCUCCCGCCCUCCUUCAGGACGACCCCGCCGUACAGGGCGCCGCCGCCUUACAGGCCUCCGCCCGCGGCGCCCCCUACACACCCGGGCUAUUCGGAAGAGGUUCCCUAUGGCGGGGACGACCGGAGGCGGCCGCCCCCGCCGCACUUCAACGGGCGCCACCAGGGCGGGGGGGACCCAAGGUACCCUGGGGAGCCUGCGGUCUACCCGGGCCCUGAAGAGCAGCGGUACCCUCCCGUGGGCGAGACUCGCUACAACGAGAUUCCAAGGUACCCGUACGACGAGCCCGCGGACCUGGGCAUCCCGCCCGCCCCACAGGUCGCCAGGACGCACAGCUCGCUCUCCUCGUACUCCAGCUCGUCGGGGUCGCAGCUGGCCCCGGCGGCACCCUACACUAACUAUGGCGGCCCCCCACCCCCACUCACUCCCCUAGCCCCCUCCCGCCCCAAGACCUUACCUGUUCAACCGAUGUCUUCCGUCGCUUCUCCCUCCGAAGAUGGCUCCGCGUCCGGCGGCGACGACGUCACCUCCGGGGCCACCACGCUCUCCGCCGCCACCACCGCGUCGUCGGCGUCCACGCCCUCGUCUGACGAGCCGCCGCCACCCGUGCCGCCCAGGAAGCGGCCCGGCGAUAACAAGGAGAACCAGAGGCCGUCCCCGGAGGGCGAGGAGGCCCGGGGCAAGGUCGUGGGCGGCACUAACGGCGAAGGCAGCGCUGACGCAGUGGACAAUGGCAGCGGCGGCAGCGGAGGCUCGGCGGAGGACGAGCGGAAAGUGUCGGUGAGGGAAGCCACGCAGAGGUUCAACCGAAUGGCCUCCGAGUCGCAGCUCAUCUCCUCCCGCGCCUCCUCCAAGAGCAACCGCAGCUCUCGGAGCGAUAGGGACGACGAUGACUCCUCUUCAAUUCACUCGUACGGUCCAGAGGGUCAGGAGUGGAUACUUGCCGCGGCGAAGAGCGACUUCAACGAGAUACUCCGGUUGCUGAAGAUCCACCCGACGCUCGCCAAAUACAAGGAUAUCGCAAAUUAUACGGCGCUACACUGGGCGGCAAAGCAAGGGCGAGUAGAGGUAGUUAAGCUUUUGGCCGGAACACACCAUGUCGACGUCAACGCAAGAUCCAACGGGGGUUACACUCCGCUACACAUCGCUGCCAUGUACAACCGCACGGAGGUGUUUGAUCUUCUCGUCCACUAUGGCGCGGACCUGAACAUGCGGGAUUACUCCGGCAAGAAGCCACGCGCCUACAACACCAUCGCCUCCACCGUCUCCCACGAUACCCAGAAAAGUAAGUAUUGGCCCGAGGAUGACGGGGCCGAGGAUUCCGACCUCGAAAGGCCCAUCCAGCAGCAGCAGGACGUCCACGCCUCUCACGAGAAGCUCUUCUGGACGCCCUCCAGUGACCUCCAGAAGGGUUCCAGCGGCUUCGAAAGGGCCAAGAGGGUGGGCUCCAAGAGGUUCCAUAAGAUCAAGAGGAACUUGACGUUUAAUGCUCACCACAGCCGGCCGCACAGGUCUCGCCGCAGGAAGACCAACGUCGGCGCUGAUAUCUUUGAGGAGAGCGAGGCGUAGGGGAAGGAGGAAGGAAGUGGGGAGGAUAAUAGGAUCGCGGAGGCAAGGGGGGAAUAGGGAGGAAGAGAGGGGGGACGGCAAGGGACAGUGAAAAGACAGAAAAGGGAAGGAUAGGGAGAAAAGUAAACCAGAAAUAAUGAUGGUAGAACAGUGAUAAGAUAGAAGAAGAGCAGAGUUGUCACGCUUGGGGAUCGGAGGGGAAGGUCCGUGAAGAGAGCAUGCAGAGAAAGGGGUAACUACCGUACGGCAUUUGGCACGAAGGGUAAAGGGUCAAACGACGCCCUUUCUCUCAAUCGUUAGUUGGUUUGUUUCUUUGUUUGACUUGUUCGUUCGUGUUCAGUCGUUCCUACUUACGUGUUUGUGUUGUCUGGUAAAAAGUAUAGUAAUCAUCCUUACUGGUCACAAAGUCGCGAAUUAAUUUAAAUGCGCUUAUAUUUGCCCAAAUAUAUUUGAUAAGUACAUUUUAGGAUCAGGCAGCUUUUGAGUGGUAUAUAUAUAUGGAUGAAAUUCGUAUUUUAAGUCAUAUUUAAGUUUUAUUUGUUUGGGUUUUAAACUAGGUUUAGAUUUUAAUUCAGAAUGGUGCACAAUCUAGAAAAUCCAAGAAAUUACACACACACACACACACACACACACACACACACACACACACACACACACACACACACACACACACACACACACACACACACACACACACACAACACACAUAUAAAUUAUAUAUGCACAUAAACCAUCUAGAUAACUGUGAUUGAUCUUCGGGUGUUUAUGUGGGAUGCUAGAUUUAGCAAUUUGCACUGCAGUCCGCGUUAGCCUUAUUUAGCGAUAAUGUUCACAAACAUCCAGCCGGAUAAAUAUAGUGAAGCCGAGUAAAGGUGAGGGAUUAUCACCCGGCAUUUGCACGGACCAGGAAAUGUGUCGUAGGUCUCUGAUGCGUUAAAAUUGAUUCGGUGUUUACGUGGCCUUUGGAAUAUUUAUCUUGUGAUUUAUUGUUCCUAAGUUUAUAAUAGAGAUUGGAGUUCGUAAGUGUGGUCAUUAGUAAGUGGGUAUUUCGAAUGCUGGGCACUGGAUAAACCCGGAUGAAAGAUCAGUAACCGUAACCUCCCGGGCGCGAAGGAAAGAAAACGAGACCGUCGGGCGAGAGGGAAAGCCUAGAAGGAGCGUGGCGUUGCGGUGCCGGUUGAAGUGCGGCGUCGUUUUUAUUACUAAAUUUAUACGUGUUUUGCUGCUGCCCUCCUUGGUUGUGUUAUGUUUUGGCAAAUGAAUUGGAUAUGGUAGUCAUUUUGGAAGUUAAUAAAAGAGCUGAAAAAAGAA